CCGGCUGCACCAUGGCGGAAGCAGAGGAGCAGGAAACUGAGUCUCUUGAAGAAUCUACAGAUGAGUCUGAGGAAGAAGAGAGUGAAGAGGAACCCAAACUGAAGUAUGAAAGGCUUUCCAACGGGGUGACAGAAAUCCUUCAGAAGGAUGCAGCUAGCUGCAUGACAGUCCAUGACAAGUUUUUGGCACUUGGCACACAUUAUGGCAAGGUUUAUUUACUCGAUGUCCAGGGGAACAUCACUCAGAAGUUUGAUGUAAGUCCUGUGAAGAUAAAUCAGAUUAGCCUGGAUGAAAGUGGAGAACACAUGGGCGUCUGUUCAGAGGAUGGCAAGGUGCAGGUGUUUGGACUGUAUUCUGGAGAAGAAUUUCAUGAGACUUUUGACUGUCCUAUUAAAAUCAUCGCUGUGCACCCGCAGUACGUGAGAUCCAGCUGCAAGCAGUUUGUGACCGGAGGGAAGAAGUUGCUGCUGUUUGAACGAUCUUGGAUGAGCAGGUGGAAGUCUUCAGUUCUGCACGAAGGGGAAGGGAACAUAAGGAGUGUGAAGUGGAGAGGCCACCUGAUUGCUUGGGCCAAUAACAUGGGUGUGAAGAUUUUUGACAUCACCUCAAAGCAGAGAAUCACCAAUGUGCCCCGGGACGAUAUCAGUCUUCGGCCAGAUAUGUACCCCUGCAGCCUGUGUUGGAAGGACAACGUGACACUGAUUAUUGGCUGGGGGACAUCUGUCAAGAUAUGCUCAGUGAAGGAACGGCAUGCCAGUGAAAUGAGGGACUUGCCGAGUCGAUAUGUUGAAAUAGUGUCUCAGUUUGAAACCGAAUUCUACAUCAGUGGACUUGCGCCGCUCUGUGAUCAGCUUGUUGUACUGUCCUACGUCAAGGAGGUUUCUGAAAAAACAGAAAGAGAAUACUGUGCCAGGCCCAGAUUGGAUAUUAUCCAGCCACUUGCCGAGACUUGCGAAGAGAUCUCUUCCGAUGCUCUGACAGUGAGGGGCUUUCAGGAGAAUGAAUGUAGAGAUUAUCAUCUAGAAUACUCCGAAGGGGAAUCACUCUUUUACAUUGUGAGUCCAAGAGACGUUGUAGUAGCCAAGGAACGAGACCAAGACGACCACAUCGACUGGCUCCUUGAAAAGAAGAAAUAUGAAGAAGCUUUGAUGGCAGCUGAAAUUAGCCAAAGGAACAUUAAAAGACAUAAGAUUCUGGAUAUUGGCUUGGCAUAUAUAAACCACCUGGUGGAGAAAGGAGACUAUGACAUCGCAGCACGGAAAUGCCAGAAAAUUCUUGGGAAAAAUGCAGCACUCUGGGAAUAUGAAGUUUAUAAAUUUAAAGAAAUUGGACAGCUCAAGGCUAUUAGUCCUUAUUUGCCAAGAGGGGAUCCAGUUCUGAAACCACUCAUCUAUGAAAUGAUCUUACACGAAUUUUUGGAAAGUGAUUAUGAGGGUUUUGCCACACUGAUCCGAGAAUGGCCCGGAGAUCUGUACAACAAUUCAGUAAUAGUUCAAGCAGUUCGGGACCACCUGAAGAAAGACAGUCAGAACAGGACCUUACUUAAAACCCUGGCAGAAUUGUACACCUAUGACAAAAACUACGGCAAUGCCCUGGAAAUAUACUUAACAUUAAGGCAUAAGGAUGUUUUCCAGUUGAUCCACAAGCACAAUCUUUUCAGUUCUAUCAAGGAUAAAAUUGUUUUAUUAAUGGAUUUUGAUUCUGAGAAAGCUGUUGACAUGCUUUUGGACAAUGAAGAUAAAAUUUCAAUUAAAAAAGUAGUGGAAGAAUUAGAAGACAGACCAGAGUUGCAGCACGUGUAUCUGCAUAAGCUUUUCAAGAGAGACCAUCAUAAGGGGCAGCGCUACCAUGAAAAACAGAUCAGCCUUUAUGCUGAAUAUGAUCGACCAAACUUGCUUCCAUUUCUCCGAGAUAGUACCCAUUGCCCGCUUGAAAAGGCUCUUGAGAUCUGUCAACAGAGAAACUUUGUAGAAGAGACCGUGUAUCUUCUGAGCCGAAUGGGCAAUAGCCGAAGUGCCCUGAAGAUGAUCAUGGAGGAAUUACAUGAUGUUGAUAAAGCAAUUGAAUUUGCCAAGGAGCAAGACGAUGGAGAACUCUGGGAAGACCUGAUUUUAUAUUCCAUCGACAAACCACCAUUUAUUACUGGCUUGUUAAAUAACAUUGGCACGCACGUUGACCCAAUUCUGCUGAUUCACCGCAUUAAGGAAGGAAUGGAGAUUCCCAAUUUGAGAGAUUCCUUGGUUAAAAUUCUGCAAGAUUACAAUUUGCAAAUUCUGCUUCGUGAAGGCUGCAAGAAGAUUCUCGUAGCAGACUCUUUGUCGUUACUGAAGAAGAUGCACCGAACUCAAAUGAAAGGUGUUCUGGUCGAUGAGGAAAACAUCUGUGAAUCGUGUCUUUCCCCGAUUCUUCCAUCAGAUGCAGCCAAGCCCUUCAGCGUGGUGAUCUUCCACUGCCGGCAUAUGUUCCACAAGGAGUGCCUGCCCGUGCCCAGCAUGGCCUCCCCCGCGCAGUUCUGCAACAUUUGCAGCGCGAAGCACCGCGGACCGGGAAGUGCCAUUCUGGAGAUGAAAAAGUAGCGCAGGCCGCUCGCCAGCGCCCCCUCGCCGCUCCUGGAUCACUGUCUGCGACCAGCCGGGGCGUUUGUUGACGCCAGCGCUGUGAAGAGAUUUGUACGCGUUUGUGUCAUGUUCAGGAAAAGCUGCUUCAUCUUCACCUGUCUACCAGAGGUUUCUCUUUGCAGUUGAGAAGGAUGUUAGGGUUCACCCUAUCCAUGCCUUGAAAUGUGGGUUCCCGGGCAAUCUUUCGUCAUUUAUUUCUUUGGCUCAUUCUUUGGUUAGGAAUGGAAACAUACGUCAGCGAGUUGGAAAGGAAUUUUUUAGAUCCUAGUAAAACUAUUCGGCCAUAAAGUGGACUGCUGAGUUGUCCCCAGCUGUCCGAGAGAGCAUCGCCAGUGCGGCCGUCCAGCCAGCUCCUGCCGCAGCUUGGACCUUAUUUCCAUACGCUCUGCUGGCCACAGUGCUCACCUUCUGGGUUUGGCUUUUUUAUAUAUGUCAUCAACUGUGGUUAUCUUCUUAAUAAGCAUUUAAUGAAACGUCGUGCAAAUUGUCGCUUGUUCAGUGACGUCUGGGAAUAACUUAAGCAGGCUGACGUCAUGCCGUUUUACAUUGACCAGUCCCACGUUCCGUGUAUCCUGACAACUGGCAGUGUCUGGCCCUGGCAGGCACCCAGCAUUUGUUGAUUGAAUAAAUGUUACCUCUGCUUAU